AUGGCUCAGUUGACUCGCCGGACCACCGAUCUCUUGAAACCCUUCUCCGCCGCACUUUCCUCCACGCGCCUCCUCACCACCACCUCUACCACCCCAAUCACCGUCGAGACAUCUCUCCCCUUUACCGGCCACAAGAUCGAUCCGCCAUCUCGCUCCGUCGAGACCACUCCUCAGGAGCUUAUGAACUUUUUUCGCGACAUGGCCCUUAUGCGUCGAAUGGAAAUCGCCGCCGACUCUUUAUAUAAGGCGAAACUGAUUAGGGGAUUCUGUCACCUUUACGAUGGUCAGGAAGCAGUGUCAGUGGGUAUGGAGGCUGCGAUUACUAAGAAAGACUGCAUAAUCACAGCAUAUCGUGACCAUUGUAUCUUCCUAGGUCGCGGUGGAACACUUCUUGAAUGCUUUGCAGAGCUUAUGGGGAGAAAGGAUGGGUGUUCUAAAGGGAAAGGAGGCUCGAUGCAUUUUUACAAAAAGGAUAGUGGUUUUUAUGGGGGGCAUGGGAUCGUGGGGGCACAAAUUCCAUUGGGGUGUGGAUUGGCUUUUGCACAGAAAUACAGUAAAGAUGAGAAUGUGACAUUUGCCAUGUACGGUGAUGGUGCAGCAAAUCAGGGGCAGUUGUUCGAGGCCUUGAAUAUGGCUGCUUUGUGGGAUCUGCCCGCUAUUUUGGUCUGCGAGAAUAAUCACUAUGGGAUGGGUACAGCAGAAUGGAGGGCUGCAAAGAGUCCAGCUUAUUACAAAAGAGGGGAUUAUGUUCCUGGUUUGAAGGCAAAUGGUAUGGAUGCCUUUGCCGUCAAACAAGCAUGUAAGUUUGCCAAGGAACAUGCUUUGAAGAAUGGACCGAUUAUCCUUGAAAUGGACACUUAUAGGUACCAUGGGCACUCCAUGUCUGAUCCUGGCAGCACAUACCGCACACGUGAUGAGAUUAGUGGCGUGAGACAGGAGCGUGAUCCAAUUGAAAGAAUUAGGAAGCUUGUUCUAUCUCAUGAUCUAGCCACUGAAAAGGAGCUGAAGGAUAUUGAGAAAGAAGUGAGAAAAGAAGUAGAUGAAGCCAUUGCACAAGCUAAGGAGAGCCCCAUGCCGGAUCCUUCUGAGCUCUUUACUAAUGUGCAUGUGAAAGGGUUUGGAGUUGAGGCUUUUGGAGCGGAUAGGAAAGAACUCAGAGCCGUGCUUCCAUGA